AUGGGACUUCUCCGCACCUACAUGGACGCGAUGUUGACCGCCACCUUCUCGUCACGUGGAUCCUCUGCGACCACACCCAAGAAGGGCGACAAGAAGACCCUGCAAUCCCCUCAGUCCUCCCCAAGAUCUACGAACUCUACACCUUCACCAGUCUCUACUAUCAUCCGAUCACCGCCCAAACGGUUGUCCGACUUCAAGGUGAUGGAGACUCUGGCACCGGCACUCUUCGGUGAAGUUCUCUUAUGUCUCGACAGCAAAACCGGUCGCCAAUUCGCCGUCAAGCGUGUGGAUCUCCGCUGCGCUCGAGCUCAAGUGACCAUUGGCAAACAGAUCCGAGUGGUUGAAAGUCUGCAGCAGGAGCGUGCUGUCCACCACAAACUCAUAGCUGCACAGACCACCAAUCUGCUGCUACUGGAGGAGGAGGUGCAAUACGGCGGCAGUUUGCACCUCAUUUUCCCCUACUGCUCAGGUGGUGACCUCUUCGACGUGGUGCGACACAGUCUACUCGACGGUAGACUACCUGAAGCCACUGCACGUCGCUUCUUGGGCGAUGUCGUGCGUGGUUUGCUGUGCUUGAAGCAAAAUGGCUUGGCACACCGCGAUAUUUCGCUGGAAAAUGUGGUGCUGGAUGCCGAAGGCGUUUGUCACGUGUGCGAUUUCGGUUUGGCCACGCAACAUGGCAAGUUGCUGGCUCCCGGUAGAGUAGGCAAAGCUUGGUACAUGGCCCCAGAGGUUUUCGCAGCCAAGGAGCCGUACGACCCGCUUCAGGCGGAUAUCUGGUCUCUUGGUGUACUGCUGGCAAUUAUGCUGGCAGGAGCCCCACUUGUGGAGAAACCCACAAGGGACGACCGUCAGUUCUGUAUCCUGAGUCAUGGUGGCGGUGUACGGAAGCUGCGUCGGGUUUUCCCUCGCAAACUGUCUGAAGAAGUCUGGGACCUCAUGGAGAAGCUGCUCACUACGGAUCCGCACAGGCGCCCGACACUGGAACAGGUGGCCCAACACCCCUUCCUAUCGUCAGACUAUCAUCGCAGUGUCAACUACGGCAAGCGCAUUUCCAGAUAA